UCUGGACGUGAGGGGGCUGGCGGGUCCUUCGGGGUUCAAAGGCAUGUUGCUGCUGCCAGCCAAGAACAAUGUCAUCAUCCGCUUCCCCAACCGCUCCCUGCCUCUCCCCGUCCAUGCCGCUCUCUCCAAACCCGGCAUGGAGGCAUGUGUGCCAGCGCCUGAGCGCUACAUGGUGGCGUUCCACUACGGCUCCGUCGUCUUCUUCAACUUUGACCGCACAGAGGAGGCGCUCGCCCUCGAUAUAGUCACGCAGCACUGCACUGGGGCGUUCAAGGAGGCUCACAGCGACGAGUACAGUGUGAUCGCGCGGGCGGGCCUCAAGGGGUGGAGCGAGGGCGGGCAUGACCACGUGGCGGUGAGGCAGCUGGACGUGAACAACAUUCGAGUCAUCUCCAGCAUCCUCGGGCAGAGCGUGGCUCUCGACCACUAUGCACGCAAGGUUGACGAGAUGGUGAACACGUUCAGUGAGUUGAAUCGAGGCAUGGAGCAGAGCGGCACAUUCACCAUGACCCGCAAGAAGCUCUUCCAACUCGUUGCUGCUGCCAAUACCACCCUGGCUGACGUCAUCCUCAGAAUAGGGCUGCUGGAGAGGUCGGACACGGCGUGGCGGCAUGCGGAGUACUCCAAGAUCUGGGAGUUCCUGCGAGACGACUUUGAGCUGGACGAGCGCUUUGAGAGCCUCGACUUCAAACUCAACAUCAUCCAGCACAACGUGAGGUUCUUCUUGGAUAUUCUCCAGAAUCGGAAGUCGGACACGCUUGAGUGGAUUAUUAUCCUGCUCAUUGCAGGCGAGAUCUGUGUUAGCCUGUUCCCUCCCUCCUUAGUUACCGCCCGCCUCACAAGUCACCUCGUCCUCUGUUCCCCGACCCUCCCAACCGCUCCCUCCUUCCCACACAGGUUUCUGCCGUCCCUAGUUACCACCCGCCCCAUUCGCCGAGGCCAAGUUCUCUUCUCUCUCCCCCUACGCCUCGCCUUCUCCUCCUCCCUCUGCGCCUCCUCUCCUCCCUUCUCGGUCCCAUCCCCAUCCCUCCCCGCAUCCCUCUCUGCUGAAGCCGCGCUUGCUGUCUGCGCCCUCUCCCACCUCCACUCAUCCUCUUCCUCUCCUUCCUCCUCCACCUCCUCGCUCGCCUGGGCGCCCUUCCUCCACCUGCUGAUUCACCUGAAGGCGGGCCAGCGCCGCGCACUGCCCAUGAUGCACGAGGGGGUGGGAAUGCAGCCGGAGAUGGCGGAGGGGGUGGGCAUGCAGCCGGAGGUGGCGGAGGUGAGUGCAGUGCAAGCAGCAUUUGAGUAG